AUGUUUGGACGAGGAAAAAGUGGGCUCACAAAACCGAAGAAGGUUCAUUCUCUAGAAAAUUUAAAAUAUCUUCAUUCUAUUUUACAAAAGAAUCGAGUUGUCACUGAACAAAAUUGUGGAACACUAGUUGAAGCUCUUCGACUAAUUGCAGAAAUUUUGAUUUGGGGUGAUCAAAAUGAUAGUUCAGUUAUGGACUUUUUCCUUGAAAAGAAUAUACUCGAAUACUUUCUACAGUAUAUGAAACAAGAUUUAAGUCGAAGGAUUUGUGUUCAACUGUUACAAACACUAAAUAUCUUAUUUGAAAAUAUUACAAACCAAACAGCUAUUUAUUAUCUAUUGUCUAACAAUCAUACAAAUGCAAUCAUCACUCAUCGAUUCGAUUUCACCGAUGAAGAGGUGAUGGCAUAUUAUAUUUCAUUUUUGAAGAUAUUAUCCUUUCGACUCAACUCAAGUACAAUCAACUUUUUCUAUAUUGAGUCUCGUCGAGAGUUUGACUUAUACGUUGAAGCUAUUAAAUUGUUUGCUCAUCCCGAAAGUAUGGUUCGUAUCGCUGUACGUACUAUUACUCUCAAUGUACAUAAAGUUAAAGAUGAAGCUGCUUUGGAAUUUAUUCAUCACCAGACGUCAUUAAAUUACUUCUCACAUCUUGUAUGGUCAAUAGGUAAUACCAUUUUAGAUAUUGAUUAUCACAAGUGUCAAAUGAAACUAAAGGACUUAGUUGCAGAACAUAUUGACCACUUACACUAUAUUGAUGACAUUCUGUCAUUAGAUAUAGAAGGCUUAAAUGAAGUAUUGUGUGAUCAAUUGCUAAGAAGACUAUUCCUACCAUUACAUAUCUAUUCAUUAUUUAAACAGUACAAAUCGGAAACAACGACUUCAACUACCACAAUCCGCAAACCUCGUCUAUCGUAUUCAGUAACAGUUUUCACCUUAACUCAUGUUUAUUUGUUCCUGCAUCACUCACGUUUGGUUCGUUUGCUUACCGAGGCCAUUCUGAUAGGAGAUUUCACACUACCUGGCCUAAUACCAUGUCCUGGACCACACUCAACUUCAUAUGUAGUUUUUAAUGGUUCAACAACUAA